ACACAGAAAGUCUACAUGGAGAAGUUAAAGCAAAACUCAGCCUCUUGCAAAAGGCUGUCAAAAGAAAAAGAGACUUUCUAUAUCUACAAUGUCUUCAUCUGAGUUUGAAGUAGAAUCAGUUACAAGUGAGCCUUGUUAUACUGAUUAUGUUGAGAGACUCAGAGUCAAGCCAUCUACGUUGCCUGAAAUUCAACAUGUUAUUCGCCCUGGUGAGCAAACUGAAAGUGGUAGAGAUUUAGCAGAUUAUCAAAGCCGACUGGAGAGAAUUACUGGAAUUGGCUCCCAAUCAACAGAACGAAAAGCCAGGCAUUCCUUUGAACCCCAGUCAAGAUCUAGAGCACUACGAAUGAUGAAGGGUGAACUUCCUGCUGUAGAAACUUUAAGAAAAGACAUUCAGGUUGAUGUUUCUGAUGCAAGAAUAGAUCAAAGUAUCACAUCUAAAGAGGAUUCAGAAAAGGAAAUAGAAUAUGACGUUUUAGUGUGCAAAGAUGAAGCUAGUCUUAAUCAGUGGGAUGAAGAGGCACAGACCAAGGCCAAAGAACCGUUUGUGUUGCAGUGGUUGGAAGCAGGAGAAGCUUCAAAACAAGCAAGCAAUGCAAAAGAGAAAAGUGUGUCACAUGAGGAGUCACAAGAAAAAGAGUCUUCAAGAACCAAGGCAGUGAAGCCAAUGAAAGAAAUAUUUUUUGGUGAUGAAGGUAAAACAAUCCCUGUGCAUAAAUUAGAGCAGAGAGCUAUGUCUGUGGAAAAUAUCCUUGAGAAAAACUUGGAGAGUGAGUGCCUAGAAAGUGAGGAUCAGUUCUUAGCCAAACGCAUUCAACAAUGGCAACAGGAUGUCCAGUGGGAUGAAGAAGCACAGGCCAAGGCAAAGGAACCAUUUGUGUUGUCUUCAAAAACAAAGGCUUUGCAGUUAAAGGAGGAACAAUUACUUGCUGAUAAUGGUCUACAACAUGACCAUAAAAAGGCUGCUGUACAUAAACUGGAAAAGAGAUCUGUGUCUGUGGAGAACAUACUUGAGAAAAACUUAAAGGGUGAUCGCUUGGAGAGUGAUGAUCAGUUCUUAGCUCAACGUGUUCAAAAAUGGCAACAAGAUGUUCAGGUUGAUCAGGCUGAGUCUGUUGCUCAAAAUGCCUCUCAUUCUCAUGAAUCUUUUGGUAAAGUUCAGAAAGAUGAAGGAGUUGCUUUCAAAGCACAAAGAGAACCCACAUUCACGAAGACUUCAAGAUCUCCGUUUAAAGAAAGACGUUCACGUGAACGGUCUAGUGAGAGUGAGUUACAUUUAUCACGAGAAAGAAUAAAUGAAUUAAAAAGUGAGAGUGACCAUGUCAGUGAAAAAGAAGCAUUGGCCCAACGUAUAAUGAAAUGGCAACAAGAUGUUUUGACUGAGCAAGGACAGGCUGUUGAACUCGAUCCUGAAUGGGGUGGUGUUACUGAGAGUCCUUUAGAAAGCACAGCAUAUAAAGAUGUUGAGUUGGGGAUGCAAAGAGAGUCACCACAGGGAACGGCAAAGGAGAGGUUCUUUAGUGAUGUUUCACCUCAGUCUUAUGCAGCUGAUAGGUCCAAAAUGCAUAAGCAAAAUAUUUCUGAGGCUGACAGUGAGAGGUUACGGACUGAAAGUGACUAUUUUGUCAGUGAGGAGGAGGCUCUUGCAAAGCGCAUUAAAAAUUGGCAACAAGACAUUCCAAUUGAGCAAGAAGAAAGUGAAUUGGAAUCAAAUUGGGCCAUUGCAGAGCAUUUGCAAUCUUCUGUUGUAACACCUGAGACAACAACUGAGACAAAAUCUACAGUUUUACCAAAAGGAAACAUUCUCUCAUAUACAAAUCCUGAUGGGUCUGUGGAUAAUAAAAUCAAUACAGAGGUUUCUGGAGGUAUUAUAAAACAAUAUUUGUCCCUUGAGGAUGCAAAUCCACAUCUUCACGGUGAUGUAAAAGAUGUGCCAAUGUCUAGACAGGAACAUGGCAUAACAGAGCCACAGGUAACCGUCCCAAAAAAACAAAUCCCCAGUGUAGUUCCAACCACAGGGAAAAUGUCUUCAAGUGUAGUAAAACCAGGAGCACCUGCCUUUGUGGUGACAUUAAGGCCAGAAGUUGAGGUAAAGAGAGGUGAGAUGACUGAACUAAACUGCCAAUUCCAGGGAGAUCCACAGCCAUCUGUUUCAUGGCUUAAAGAUGGGCAUUUGAUAAUGAGAGACCCUGAUUUUGAUGUUCGCACCAAAGCAAAUUCAUCGACAUUGACCAUUUAUUAUCCCACCAUUGACCACCAAGGUGUGUUGACUUGUAAUAUUGCAAAUAAACAUGGAAAAGCAAGUACAUGUUGCAGCUUUAAAGUAACCGAAGAUGUACAUUCAGUGAUAGAGAUUGGAUCUCCCCAAGAAGUUAAAGUAACAAGUGUGUCUGUAUUCACUGAAGAAGAAUUAAUAGACGAAGAACUUAAGUCCCUAAUGACACCUGCGAUUGAUAGCAAAUACACAUUGCAGGUACCUCAGGCAGUCAUACACAUACCACAAACUUCAGGCUCAUUUAUUCACACUUCACCAGUUGAGAUUAGAAUUACUGCUCCAACUCCUGUGCUAGAUACUCUUAAUGAGGCUAAAUGCACAUUUGGGCCUGUUGAACAAACCUCAGAAUCUCCCGUUGAUGAUGCCGAUCCUCAAACCAUGAAGCACAAGUUUACAUUUUCUUUUGAAAAUGGUUGUGAGCCUCCUCAGAUUGUUAGAGAGCUAGAGAACAUUAGUUCAUCAGAGGGUCGGACUGCUAUUCUUGAGUGUAUCAUAACAGGCCAUCCAACUCCUGAAGCCACCUGGUUCCAUGAUGAUGUUUGCCUUGAUCUUAAUUCCAGGAAAUAUAGAUUUGAGGUACAAGACAAAAGUUACAGACUUUACAUUUACAAUUUCACGUGUCUUGAUGCUGGAAUAUAUAGGUGCAUUGCUUCUAACAAACUUGGACACAUUGAAAGUUUUUCUGAUGUGUCUUUUGAUUCUGCAACUUUAGACUCUGGAUUUUCAUCCAUUGCAAUGUCAGAUGUGGACAGCCAGUCAAAAUCUCUUGCAUUAUCUUUUGAAAAGGACAGUGUUAAAACAAAGCCUUUAUUAAGUUCGGUCAUCGCAUCAGAUAUUGUUAUCGGAAGUGAGGAUGUUGAAUAUGAUCAUUCAGUGACACCUGCUAAAUUUCAAGAUAUUAGCAAAAUCCAUGAACCCCAUAAUCCACACACAGAUGCUUCUAAGCUUAAACGCAUUAAGAGACCAGAUUUAGACAUGCCUGUAAUAACAGGGUGUGGCUUGCAGUCGUCUGCAGCAGAGGUUAAAGUAUCAAGAUUAAAACAAGCAUUUGAAGCACCAGAAACAUUUGUACAUGAGCCUGUUGAGCCAGCAGCAAAAUCAAAUGAUGGGUCCUCUUUCCCUGUUGAAGAUAUUCCAGAGUUUGCUUUUGAGCCUGAACAAUAUGAAAAAGAACAAACAAUUUCAACUCUAUCUCAGGAGGAUGGGAAAAAUCCUACUUUGACUACUGCUAAAGCCUUCCCUCAACCAGAUUUUACAGAGGCUGCUCUGGAUAGUACAGAAUACACUUCAGAAAAAAAAUCAGAGUUGAGAAUGCCUUCCAUAGAAUCAAAAUUAUUUGACUCACAACAUUUUGUUUCCUUGGCAAAUGUUAAAGAGGUUCAGCAAUCGCCUACAUUAGUCAGGCCUCAGGCUAUAUUACCAGUAAAAAUGAACCCAAAAGACAGUUCUGUUAGUCCAAAAACAGUUUUGGGUAGCACUGCUGAGCAAAGAGAUAUAGAGGAUGAGACAUGGGCUAGGCAAAGUGACAUCACUGAUCAAGAAGCUGCCAUGUUAGAAACCAAGGUACAUAUGGUUGAAACAAACAAGCCAGUAAAAAUGGGUGUCAUUAGUGAUCAAAGAACAGAAGCUGAGGACAUACCACAAGAUCACGCCAGUCCACUUGCUAUAAAGCAUGAUAAGAUGGAGGCUUCAGAUAAUGCAAAACCAGUUAGUGUAAAACCAAGAAUUGAGGUUGACCGAAUUUCAGAUUACACUUUGUCAGAAUGUCCACCACAGAGGCAGCAAACGCAACAGAAAAAAUCUGCUAGGAUUGAAGCUGCUGGUGUUCCGAAACUUGUAGAAGAAGAAGUAACAUUUAGUGCUGUUUAUGACUAUUAUAACUUACCAACGGAUUGGGGUAGAUCUUUGUCACCAGAAUCAGAAAUGUCUAUUGAAGUAGGUAGCACAUUCAGUGAGGAAAUGGUCGAAAUAGAACGUUUCUAUACACCGGCUUCGUCCACAGAAAUUUCCCAAGUUCAGAAGUCACCUGCAUCCUUUCAUACACCCUCAGAGACUCCAGGUGGUGUCAUGACACCUCCCGAGUAUCCAUUUUCUCCUGUGGAACAUAAGAGACCCACAGCUAGCUCUAGUGAAAGUUUUUAUUCACGAGCUAAGUUUCUCAGUUCUCCAGAUGAUGAGGGUGUUGAAACAACCCCCCCUGUGUUUACUAUUGAUGAAGGUAUGAUUCUUCCAGAGGGACGUGCUUCACUAGGUUUGGGAACACUUCAGGAAAAGGUUCAGGGAAUACCUCCAGCAUUCCUUAAGCCACUUACCAAAAGAAGAGUUUUUGAAGGUGAUACCUUACAGUUCUGUGCUGAAGUAUUUGGACUUCCCACUCCCGAAGUAAAAUGGUUUAGAAACAAAACUGAGCUUGAGGCAGGUGGAAGGACUAGUAUUGAAAGGGAUGGCGAUAACAUUGCCCUAGAAAUUAGGAAUGUCACAAAAGCUGACCAAGGGGAAUAUAUCUGUGAGGCUUUUAAUUAUGUUGGUGAGGCAAAAAGCGUUGCUUUGGUUGUUGUGAUAUCUCAGGAAGCUAGGCAAAUGCUGCCCCCUCCAGCUGUUACGCAUCAGCAUGUAAUAGAGUUUGAUGUAGAGGAGGAUGAGGAUCCAUCAAGAUCUCCAUCUCCUCAAGAGAUCUUGUUGGAGGUUGAGUUAGAUGAAAACGAGGUGAAAGAGUUUGAGAAACAAGUAAAAAUUGUCACCAUUCCGGAGUAUACAGCGGAUAACAAAAGUAUGAUCAUUUCUCUUGAUGUUCUGCCAAGCAUGUUUGAGGAAGGAGCUGUGGAUUUUAUUACUCAAGAAAGUGAUGAUUUAAAAAUAGCUUUUGAAGUUACAGAAAUGCCACCACGUUUCAUAAAUCCUAUUUAUGACAUUGAAACUCCUGAAAACACAAGUGUAAUGUUUGAAUGUUCUUUAAUGGGCAUUCCCUCACCAAUAGUGUCAUGGUAUAAAGGUAAUAUGAAGAUUCCUUUGGAUAAGAAAAAGUAUAUCUGUAGUUCAGAUGGUGAUAAUCAUUUCCUGAAGAUUCUUAAAGCCAACACACAUGACAGUGGCAUAUAUACCUGCAGAGCCAUUAAUGUUGUUGGUGAAACACUUUGCAGGGCCUCGCUUAUGGUUAUGAAUCCACAGUCAUUCUCCGGUAAGACAAGGGGAAGAGAACUAACAGCAGUUUCACUUGGCAGUGCAAAAGUUCAGCCUCAAAAAUUUGACUUGGUUGUUGGGAAUUCAUCGUUUGAUGGAGAACAGACAUCAGAGAUAGAACUUGAAUUUGAGUUUCAGCAGGAAUCAGAUGAAUCUCAAAAAGCAGUCAGGCUGGUUGCUGUUACUGAUAAUGAGACAAGUGAACAGGGAGAAAAAUAUGUUAGUAUUAAUUUUGAUGUUUUUGCAGAACCCUCGAAAGAUGAAAAAAUCGAAUUCAAAGGCAAAUCAACAAACACAUGUAGCUUUAAUUUUCAGGUAACUGAAAUCUCCCCAAAAUGUAUAAUCCCACUACAAAAUAUCACUGCAGCUGUAGGUACUCCCGUGAUGCUUCAGUGUUUAGUGAGCGGUAAACCAAAUCCUACUGCGGAGUGGUACAAAGAUGGUGCUCCAGUAAACAAUUCAAGAUAUAUUAUCCAAGAAAAAGCAUCAGGACAUUUUAAUCUGCUUAUAACAAAUGUAACUCAAAGUGAUGCUGGUGAAUUCAAAUGUAUUAUCCAAAACAAAGCUGGUUGCACUGAAACAAUUUCAUUUUUAAAGGUUUUUUAAAAUGACAGCAGUUUAAACAUGCAGUUUAUGAAUCAAUUGACAGACAGAUUUGUUCUCUUGUUUACUUUGAAUAGAUGCAGUACAUUAUUUUUCUAUGUAUUACAGUUGUAAAUUAUUGUGAAAUUGUGUAUAGAAAUUUAUUCAAUCUGUGUUAUUGAAUCAAAUAUUGAUUUCAGUGUAUGUAACAUUACAGAACAAAGAAAAAGUCAUGUUAUAGGAAACAUAAAUAUUGAUAUUAGAAAUUUAGGAAUUUAAGAAACUUGAAAAUAUUGGCUUGAAAUCUACACUGGGCAUGCAUUAAAAAUUAAUAGUUUCAAUUAUUCAAAACUGUGCUUGAAAACAUUGAAUUGUUGAUAGAAGGAAAUGUAAUAUUUCAUUACAAAAUGUGUCCGUUCCAAAAAAAAAUCCUAGUACACUACCACAAUUUCAUUUUUUUUUUUUUUUUGUUUCAGCAAAAUAGGGAUCAGUAGUUUUCAUCAGUAGUAAAAAGAUUACAAAAAAUGUCAAUACUUUGAUUGGAUUUUGUUUGAAAAAAAAAAACUGGAUUUUUCUUGCUCAAGUUCAUAAUUUAAAGAAUUAGUAAAACAGCAGCGAGUUAUUUAACAUUUGUGUUGUAUAGUUUGAUCUUGUUUUUCUAAAGGUAGUGGUAAAUGGGUUGAAGAUUUAAUAGGUUGUAAAUAAAAGUGAAAAUUAUGUAUUUAAGAUUAAAAAGACAAUGUGAAAAUUGUCAUUGAUGUAUUCUCAAUUUUCUUGUUUAUUUUGGGAUAAUAUUUUAGGUCAGUUAGUCAAACUUUUAGGUAUAGAAAUUAACUAAGAAAAGUGUGAAUGGGUGUGCUUUAAAUUUAUUAUAAAUGUAAUUGUAUUCUGCUCAUUUAUUGUAUUACUGUGUACAUGAAAAAAUAAAAAAAAUUCUAAAUUAAA